AUGGCGGGCACGAGAGAAGAACGCGUCAACGGCGCGCUCGAGCAUCUCCUGGAGCGUCUGGUGCCGCCGCAGACCGCUGAAGAAGAUGAAGCUGCAGCGGACCAACGAUGGGACGAAGCGAAUGAACUCGCGCGCAACUAUCUCGACGCCGAGCCAGAGCCAGGUGUGGUGGAAGACGUGAAUCAUGCCGCCGACAAGAUUAAAAGACAGCUCCUGGCGGACGGCAAUUUGGAGGCCAGAACGAAGUUCGAGGGACUGUAUUCAAGGCUGUUGGCGCAACCCGUGCUGGGGCAGAAGUGGGCAAUACUAUAUUUUCUGCAGAAGGUCGCUCGGGGUCGGGAGGAUGCAGCGAACGGGCAUGGAUACAAAGAUGUCGACGGCCCAGACGGGACGGAUGGCGACGAGGCUAUCGAUGGGGAGGAUGAGGUAGAGGACGAACGAGCAUACGAUGAGGCCUUUGCCCGCAAUGGACUACCUCGCAUAUCUCAGUCUCGAGGUCCUGACGCGCUCGCACCACAGCCGUCAUUACGGGACAGAGCUGUACCUGGACGACCGAGAACGCAGCAGCAGUCAGCUGAGCCUCCCGAAGAAGCGAAGGCUGAUGGUGUCGGCUGUCCACCAGAGUCUGCGCUGUUGCGAGAUCUGCCAUUUACUCUACAAGGCCUAUCUUCUACGAACAUGAACUUCUCGGACAAGCAAUCGCUGAAGUUGCCGCCUUCGCUACCAGUCCCGCUCAUAUCACUUUUGCAUACCUUGGCAGAGCCAUCACUGCUCUACCGGUCACUGUCCGAUUAUGUGGAGACAUCCGAUGGUGGCUUGGUCAGUCAAAGCCUGCGAUCAGCAAUAGGUCUCGAGCUGCGUUCGUAUCUUCGACUGGUGGCAACCUUGGAAGGUCAAAUUCGGCGUGCACUGUCUCAACUGGACGACAGCCUGCCUAAUGGAGGUCUUGGAAAAGCAGGUGUGACCUUGAAACGCUGCGUUAUCUGGACUCGCGAGGCGACACUUGGAUUGCGCUUGAUGAGUCUCAUCGUGGAGUCUUCGAAGGGCAAGAAGGGUGGCGAGCUCAUCAGUCUGAUACACAACUUUUCCUGCUCACAUGGAGAUCCAUUCGUGCAUACCUUCGCCGAACGGCUGCUUGCCCACAUCACCAGGCCGUUCUACAAUAUGCUGAGAGCCUGGAUCUACGACGGCGAGCUGGAGGACCCCUAUCAUGAGUUCUUUGUAAGCGAGAGCCACGACUACGAGGACAGCGGCGCCACUAGUGUCUGGGAGCACAAAUACGGCCUGCAGAAGGAGAUGAUUCCGACCAUCGUCACUGAGGAUUUCGCUAAUAAGGUAUUCUUGAUUGGCAAGAGUCUGAACUUCAUCCGCUACGGCUGUGGCGAUGGUGCGUGGGUCGAGAAUUACAGCAAAGAUGCUUCACGAGAGCUGCAGUAUGGCGACACAGCUCUACUCGCCACCAGCAUUGACGAGGCAUACAAGACCGUGAUGGCUCGACUGAUCACUCUGAUGGAAGACAAGUUCGCGCUAUUCUCGCAUCUGCAGGCUCUGAAGAAGUAUCUACUUCUUGGACAAGGCGACUUCAUCUCCCUCCUCAUGGAAUCGUUGGCUUCGAAUCUUGACCGCCCUGCAAACUCACAGUACAGACACACGCUGACUGCGCAACUGGAGCAUGCUAUCCGCAACUCCAAUGCGCAGUUUGACAGCGCCGACGUGUUGCGCCGCCUCGACGCACGAAUGCUGGAACUCAGUCAUGGUGAGAUCGGCUGGGAUGUCUUCACGCUGGAAUACCGAGUCGACUCGCCGCUGGACGUCAUUGUCACACCAUGGGCCAGCAAGCAGUACCUGAAAGUGUUCAACUUCCUUUGGCGAGUGAAGCGAGUGGAGUUCGCUCUUUCUACCACAUGGCGACGACUGCAGACUGGCGCACGCGGUGUGCUGGCAGCCGUCGGCGACAAGCUCGGCGCAGACUGGAAGCGAGCACGAGGCGGCAUUGCCGAAAUGGUCCACUUUGUCGACCAGCUGCAAUACUACAUCCUCUUCGAAGUCAUCGAAGCCGGCUGGGAAGGUCUUCAAAAGGCGAUCAAGAAGCCCGACGCCACGCUCGAUACUUUGAUCUCAGCUCAUACCUCCUACCUGCGCUCAAUCACCCGCAAAGGUCUUCUUGGCGGCGGAGCUGUCGACUUCACAUCUCAGCUGCACGAGCUCCUCAAGCUUAUGCUGGCUUACAAAGAUGCAGUGGAUGGCUUGUACAGCUAUAGUGUAGCAGAGUUCACCCGUCGCCAGGACGCCGCUGCUCGCAUCGAUACGCGUACUCGCGCCGGCCGUUGGGGUGUUACUGAAGCAGAUGAGGAUGCCGCUGCCUCGCCUCUCUUCCAAUCGAACGCUGGUCGAGGAGGACGCGGUGGCAGAGACUCCCGCGCGGAUAACGUCGACUCACCCAUUCCACCACUGCUUCCCAUGCACGGAGGCGGAGACGGUGAGCGUAACAUGCUCGACCAGCUACGGCAGCGAUUACGAACACUGGAGACGGAGUUCAAGGCGAAGGUGAAUGUUCUUCUGGGAGAUCUCGCGUAUCAACCGGAUGUGGAUAUGAGGUUCUUGGGCGUUGUGAUGAAUUUCAACGAAGUUUAUGAGCCGGUCAGACGGAGACGUGGGCAUGGGACUGCGAAGUCUGCUGCUGGGAUGGCGAAGAAGGAUGCUGUUGGUGGGCAGGGUGGUGGGGAUAAGGGAAAGGGGAGAGAGGUGGAGGCUAAGGCAUGA